CAAGUGCGAAGACCAACCAACCUUUGUACUGAGGAGAAUUUAACUGUGAAUGCAACCUCCUGCAGCGUUCGUUCUAGUGGUCCACUGUGGAAAUGCAGAGCAACCUGUGACUAAGGGCACUCCCAAUGCAUCAUAUCUUAAGUUGCUGCAAGUCUCUCUACUUUGACUGGUUCCUCAUGCGGGAGUGUGGUUGGCAGCAGUUCCCUGGUUUUCCUCUUGUGUUUGACCAAGCCAAGCCAAUCCAUCUUCGGGUGGCAACCAUUAGCAACCAGCUCCUAAGGGCAUCUCCAACAGCAGGUCCUAGUCCUAUGUGGAGGAGUGAUAGAUAGAAAUAGACAGUACUAUUUAUUUGCAGAAGAGAAUAAAAGGAGAAAGAGGAGAGAGAAGCCAUGAGAUGAAAAUUAGUACUCUGUAACAGCUUGCUACUGAGGAUGCCCUAACUCCGGCUGCGUCUGCCUUUACUGUGAUCUGUGAACCAAAUGACCUACCAAGGCGGUCUGUGGUGAAAUUCAUCUCUCUACUACCAUGCAACUGUUAAUCAUCUUUGUUGUGCUUACAGUACUGGUGGGAGAUGUCCAGGGACGACAUCCGUGAUCCUUUCUCCUGUGGACAUCUCCGAAACGUGUCGCACCCGUUCCGCCGGCGGGACGAUCCGCACAGGUGUGGUGUUCAAUCCUAUGAGCUGGUUUGCACCGAGAGCAAGGCUAGAAUUCAGAUCAACACAGGGACAUACUUUGUCACCGAGAUCAACUAUACCGAUUCAUCUUUCUGGGUCGUAGAUGCCAACUUGGACAUGAACAGCAGCUGCCCUCUUCCUCGCUCGGAUCAGUUUCCUUACUUCAAUGGGGUCCAAGGUUCACACGAGAGACGCGAAUUGGCCCCUGGUGAAACAGUUAUCAGGGCUAGCUUAGUGAACUGUUCGCGGGCACAGACUCCGUACUACUCACCGGUAGCUUGCCUGAGCAGCAAAAAUUCUUUCGUUUAUCUGCUGAUUGACAGUGUGUAUGUCGAAAACUUGGAGCCUUCUUGUGGAUACUUGGCCAUGUUUCUUUUGGGUGGUCGGGGAAACUAUUAUGAUUUCAGUCAUUAUGCAGAUUUCCUAAAAUACCUGAGGGGUGGAUUCUCUGUUCAAUUCCCUGAGACAGAAACUCCAUUGAAUUAUAUUCAGUACAUCAACCGCUGCAUCGACUGGUCGAUUCAUGACCCCAAUAGACAGCCAGUGUUUAGUACAGGCGUCAGCAUCAAGAAUAGAACUGAGGACAUCCUUUUUAUUGACUUCCGUUUCUGGGCAUGUAUAUUUGGUGUAAAGAGACCAUAUAACGACAUACUUCUCUAUAUCAAGGACAUGAUUCGUUUCGAUCCCUCACUUUAUCAUAAGUUGCCCCCAAUACUUGCUAUGUGGAUUGUGAAGUGGAUUGCUGUACUAUGCAGGUUUGUGUUGGCACCGCUGAUGGUACUGCUAUUCCUUGCCCACAAGUAUUGGAAAACAAGAAUUACAAUCGACGCAGUUGAGAAGUUCCUCCGGAUGCAACAAAUGAUCGGCCCAACAAGGUACACCUACACAGACAUUGUUGCUGUCACAAGCCAUUUCAGAGAUAAAUUGGGCCAAGGUGGCUAUGGUUCCGUGUUCAAGGGCGUGCUGCACCCAGGUGAUGUACAUGUGGCAGUCAAGAUGCUAGACAGUAAAUCCAACUGCAAUGGAGAAGAUUUCAUCAGUGAGGUCUCCACCAUUGGCAGGAUCCACCACGUCAAUGUCGUGUGUCUGAUCGGGUUCUGCUCAGAGGAAAUGAGGAGGGCGCUUGUCUACGAGUACAUGCCUCAUGGUUCUCUGGACAAGUACAUCUUCUCGGCCGAGAAGAGCUUCUCCUGGGACAAGCUCAAUGAGAUUGCCCUGGGCAUCGCCAGGGGGAUCAACUACCUGCAUCAGGGGUGCGAGAUGCAGAUUGUACACUUUGACAUCAAGCCGCACAACAUCCUUCUUGACAGCAAUUUUGUCCCAAAGGUCGCGGAUUUCGGUCUUGCCAAGCUAUACCCAAGGGACAACAGUUUUGUACCAUUGAGUGCCCUACGGGGAACUAUUGGGUACAUAGCUCCUGAGAUGAUAUCCCGGAGCUUCGGUGCCAUAUCCAGCAAGUCUGAUGUCUACAGCUUCGGGAUGCUGCUACUGGAGAUGGCUGGAGGAAGAAGGAAUGUUGAUGCAAAUGCAGUGAACUCAAGCCAGUCUUACUAUCCAUCAUGGGUGUAUGACCAGCUAACCAGACAGGAGGAACUGGGUGAGAUAUCUGUUUCUGUUGCAGAAAUGCAUGAGUUGGAGAGGAAGCUAUGCAUCGUUGGUCUAUGGUGCAUCCAGAUGAGGUCCCAAGAUCGCCCGACAAUGAGCGAGGUCAUAGAGAUGCUGGAAGGCAGUGUCGGUGGCCUGCAAAUGCCUUCUAGGCCAUUCUUCUGUGACGAGGGGCAUAUUCAUAUCGAGGACUCUUACCAUUUCUCGUCAGAACUGACUGCAGUCUCUGAGGAGGAAGACGAGUGAAAUUUAUGUGCCAUUGUUGUUAUGGAAUAUAUAUGGUGUGAUUUUCCUGCCAUGCUUUGUCUUUUGAAUGUUUGUUAGAAAUCCGAACCUUAUUGUGUAUCAGAAUGUGAAAUGUCAUGUGCUCCUAUCCUUAGGAUGCUCUGCCACUACUAAAGAAAGUUGUAUAUAACAGAGAACGAGUAACCUACUUUUGUAACAUUCUUGGACCAACAAUUACUCACUUGAACGUUCUUGUUCAAAAUAUGAACAUUUACAUA